GCGACCUUGUUCGACCGGGCCGCCUUCUGGGCGCUGCUCCUGCCCGCGUCCGUCCACGGCCGCGUCGCCGACAUCUGGCGCGGCUUCGUCGCGCAGCGCGUGCUCCGGGCCGCGGGGCUCCGGCUCGCGUUCCUGCCGCCGGGCGUGACCCAGCUCCGCAACGACCACGACGCCCUCGCCGACUACAUGAGCGAGCGGCCCUUGUACGAGAAGGCCGACGCCGUCGUCCGCGUGCUCGACGGCGUCGCGCCGCACCGGCCGGGCGGCUCCGUCGCGCGCGCGGUCGAGGACGCCUACGUCGCCCUCUACGAGCACGGCCUCGUCGCCCUCGACGACGUCGCCUACGCCCAGCUCUGGCUCGCGGACCUCUACGCCGUCGGCCUCGCGCUCCCGAAGCUCCGGCGCCACAAGGCCCGGACGCCGGGCGCGACGACGGCGGCGGCGCGUCUUGCUUCGGAGCUGGAUAAAGACUCGGAGACGCGGACGGAAGCGGAGUGGCACGCUGUGCUCGGCGGCACGAAGCUCGACACGCGCGAGAAGCGCACGCUGCCCCAGCUGCUGACGCUCGCCAAGGACGAGGUCGUCGCGCGCAAGGACGCGGAGAUCGCUGGGCUGCGCGAGGAGCUCGCCGCGCUCAAGGGCGACGGCAGCGACAUGACGGGCCUGCCGGCCGUGCUGCGCGACUUCACGCCGCUCGCGAUGGUCGACGACGUCGCGGCGAUCGCCGACGGGCCCGAGCUCGAGGCGGCCGAGCGCGCGGCGCUCGCGGACCCGUCCGCGGACGCGGCGGCGCUCGCGCGGCUGAGCGACGAGCUCGCCGCGCGCCUCCGACCGGUCAUCGCGUCGCGCGCGCGCGAGAAGGGCGUCGCGCGGCGGCUCCGCGACGUCGUCCGCGCGGGCAACGAGGACUUCGAGAAAGUGUACAACUCCGUCUUCGACUUCAUCGCGAACAACGACGCGGCGGGCCUCGCCGCGUUCCGCGCGUCCGUGGCCGCGCUCGAGUGCCCCGGCGCGGCCGCGCGGCCCCAGCGCGGCGGCGGCGCGCGCCUCGACGAGCUCUACCGGGACGCCGCGCGCGCGAAGCCGCGCUUCGAGGCGGCGCUCAAGGCCGUCGUCGCGGCGCUGCCCUUCGAGGUGCGCGGCGACACGGCGUUCCCGCCGUUCCUCAAGCGGACGCCCCGCGUCGUCGAGAAGGCGGUCUUCAAGGGCGACGACUUCGCCUGCUGCGGCGUCAACGACUUCGUGCGCGCGCGGGUCGUCGUCGGCCCGCUCCUGCGCCUCGUAGCGGUGCUGGACGUGAUUGGCGAGACCAACCAAUUCUUCGUCGAGAUCGGAUUCAACAGCGACUCGUUCGAGGGCGGAGCCGGGAGCAACACGUACGCGCUGUGGCGACGUGGGUGGCGGGGGCUGCUGUUCGAUAGCACGUUCGCGAACUCGUCCAUCAACCUCCAUCGUGCCUUUGUCACACCGGGGACCGUCGCCGCACUGCUGCGCCGCCACGGCGCGCCGCUCGAGCCGGACUACGUGAGCGUCGACAUCGACUCGGCGGAUGUGUGGGUGCUGCGCGCGCUGCUCUCGACGUUUCGCCCGCGCGUCGUGAGCGUCGAAUACAACUCAAACUUUGGCGACGGCGAGCGGAGCAGCCUCGCGUUCCCGGAUGCGGAGUGGAUGCCGCUCGGCGAGUCAGCCGGCGCGUGGCGCGGGUCGUGCUUCUACGGCUCGUCCGCCGCCGCGGUCGAGGCGGUCGCGCGCGAGUGCGGCUACGUGGUCGCGGGCGUCGUCGAGGGCCUCGACCUCGUGCUUGUGCGCGCGGCGCUCUGGCGGUGGCCGCCGAUCCCGCGCCACGCGCUCACGGCGCGCCUCGACACGUGGCCCGCGAUGGCGCGCGAGGACGCGGCCGCGCUCCUCGACUACGACGUGUUCGCGCGCGGCGGCUCGCUGUGCGAGGCGCGCCGCGCGGCGGCGGUCGCGCUGCGGAGAAUGGCGCGCGAGCCGCCACCGCGCUGCGCGUGCUUCAUGAAGGAUCUCGACUGCGUCGAGUGGACGCGCAACUGCUCUACAAUAUGUUUCCGGUAA